AUGAUUGCACCCAUAGAGACUAAGCCCAGGGUUGAGCCACUGUACCCCGACUACCUCCCACAUUAUGACCCCGACGAGAAAGUCGAGGGCGUAGGGUCCUUCGAACACGAUGAUCCUGGAUUCCGAGCUGAUGCAGAACUUCCCAACCUGCUUCAUGAUGCGACCAACAAGUUCGACCUGAGUCCACAUUGUGGGACAGAGCUUCACGGUGUCCAGAUCUCAGAGCUCUCGCCUGCUGGCCUCGACGAAUUGGCCUUGUUUACUGCAGAACGCGGAUGCGUAGUAUUGCGAAACCAGAAAUUCAAUGACAUUGGUUUCGAGAAACAAAGCAAGAUAGCCUCGCACUUCGGGCCUCUCCACCGACACGGUUGGAUGCCGCAUCCAAAGAAUGGUCCCGUCGAGUUUGUCAUCGUGUAUGACUCCGAGGAUGACCUGAGAAUCCGCAAGUCUUGGGCCAGGAAGAGUCCGAUUCAAUUCCACGUCGACCAGUCGCCGGAAACCCAGCCUCCCGGGUUGACAUUCUUCUGCAUGCUCGAGUCACCGCCUGGACCGGGAGGUGACACGAUCAUUUCGCACAUGGGCCGAGCCUUCGAUCGUCUGUCACCAUCAUUCCGAGGGCGACUGGAGGGCCUCAAGGCUAUACACACAACCGCAAAUCCCAUCAUGCGAGAGAUUCGCGACAACGGGAACCAAGCUGUUCUCAGACGGCCGAUCACAAAGUCGGUGCAUCCUGUGGUCACCCUACAUCCUGUCACCAAGAGAAAGUGUCUGUUCGUGAACUCGUCGUACACACAGAGUAUUGUCGGGUGGGAUGAGGAAGAAUCCGACUACUUGCUGAAGUUUCUUUUCGACCAUGUGAAUCGUGGGGCCGAUUUCUCCUGCAGAGUGCGAUAUGAGCCGGGCACCAUUGUUGUAUGGGAUCAGCGGUGUACUCAGCAUUCUCAGACUCUGGACUAUAGUCCCGGACAAAGGCGCCACGCCUUCAGGCUGACGCCUCUGGCAAAUGUGCCUAUACCAAGCAAAGUGGAGGAGGAUGAUGGUGAAUGCCAAAAAGACGAGGGAAGAAUGAUGUUGAAUCUUUGUUAG